CGAGGAGUGAAAGAUCAAUUGGUGUGGAUUUGAGGGCUGGUUUUUAAAGGCAGUGAAUAUCCAAGGCAAAUCAGCCAGUGGAUUGCAGCCUUUUAGUGCUUGGAUGUUAAUUAGCAGGCGGUAGGCAUUAUUCAGCUGGAUGGAGAUCAUUUUGCAACAGCUUAAAAAGUAAAUGCUUAGCAGCCUAUGCAUUUGGCUUUCUCCCUAGAGAUGGCUUUAUUCCGUGCGGUGUUCCUGAUCACUUCCUCUUGAUAAAGAGGAGCAAACAGCUCCGCAGCUGUUACGGAUUUCAUGUAACCAGUGAAUUUAACCCACACCUGCCUAGGAAUCCCAAAUUCCUUUUUGAAUAAGACCCUCACUGAAAUACAGCACAAGCUGGUGAGUUGCUGACAAUCAGCAGCUUUGGGCUCGAACCUGGUUAAUUAUUUUACACAUGAGAGAUUUGUGUGUCAGAAGGGAAUGUGCAGCACUCCCUGCAACCUCCACGCAAAGGUAAGAUGGGCUGGAUGUGCCAAAGCACUGUGGCUAAAUGAGGGGGGCUUUAAUGGCUUGAGGUUGAAGAGAAGCCAUAUGAGAAGUGGCAGCACCGUCAUGUAACAAAUAGUUAGAAAAGAAUGGCACAUGCUGGCAUCAAUAACAUCCAUGACAUCCAAAACAGUGAGGUGCAGGAUGGUUUUGGUGUAGUGGGGAGGAUGGGUAGUCACUGUAAGGAAUGUAUAGUAAGAAGAUGAAGGACAGGGGAGUCUGUUAAGGGGAAAAUGAAUUCAGAACCUUCUUGCUUCUUUGAAGAAGGAAAACACGAUCAGGUGUUGAACCAGAUUAAAUUUUGCAUAGGCUGCAGGGCAAGGAAAGAAAUGAGGCAGUUAAAUACUGUUUUGGUUUUGUCUGUGAGGCCUUAUCAGAUUCGCUGUAGGGAACCUGAGGAACGGGCAGUGGAGAGCUUGAGAACACUUGAGGUGGAGAGGAUGCCCUGGGGAACAGAAUGCAAACAGCAUCUGUUGUCAGAGGGUGGAUGGAGGGGGAACCUUAAACUGAUGACACAGCCACCCUCUUGUAAUCCUUAUACUGCUUUGUAGGGACAUAGAAAAUAGCAAUGCCUGCUUUUAAUAACAGGUCAGGCUGAAUCGACCCCUUCUCUGGGGCUGGUGGUGUAGAGGAAGCAGGAGAUGCAGCGUACCUUGUCUUUGGGCUUUGCCCCAGACAUCUCACAAACAAGCAAAUAAAUAUGGGGAACAGCUCCUGGCCCACUUCUCUUUACUAUUUUCCAUAAUAGCUUUCUCAGUAGCAUAGCAAGUGGAAUGGAGGAAGCCAGGGUGGAUGACAAUAUGAACUCUGUGUGGAAUGGGAUCAAAUUCAGAAUCAUGCAGAUAAGCUGACUGUAUCACCUGAAAUGAAAAAGGUUACAAGCAUGUUGUUUAAAAAAGAGAAGAACAAAGAGUUCUUUCUCUUCUCUCAGAUAUGGCAGAGCAUGAAUCUGAAAGCUGAACAAAUGGACUUUUGCUCCUUCUCUCUUCCUCUAUUUGUUCGUACCUGUGUGAUGGGAAAGCAGUUCUCACCAUCUUUGAUUUGGGCUUUAACAUCUCUCAUGUGUGAGAUCUCCCAAACACGUUGUGGAGUCAGAGAGAUGAGCAGAAACAAGUUCUGACACUCUGAGGUGUUGGCCCAUGUCUGUGGGGGUGGAUGCACUCAGGGCUGCCAGGACUCCUGCUCCCCCAUCCCCAGAGCAGGGAUUGCUCCAGCUCUGCAGGUGGAAGUCAUGGUGAGCACUGACAUAAGGAUGGGAACCGGUCUUGUGUACGUUGAGGCUGGCAGAACUGCUUGGAUGUUUUCUUGAUUGUCUUUUCAAUGGUGUAUAAUGUAGUUUCUUGUUUGAGCAGCAGAUGCCACAAAACGUUCUUAUUAUGCCUCUGAUCUCAUCUGAGCCUCGCAAUUAAAAUAUAUCAGAGGAACAGUGUCAGGGCUCACUGCCUGCCUUCUGUGCAAGGGGCAGUUAUCCCAUUUCUCCAUUACAGGAAAGCGAAUGCUCUGCUGUGUGCUGUAAGAGCAUGACUAAUGCUGCUUCCUUUCAGCCAUAAAAACCAACACUGAGCCACUGGAAGGGGGCUCUUAUUCAAACUAGGGUAUGCUAAUGCUUCCCCAUGUGUAUUUGGAGACAUUUUCCUCUGCUUUCAAAAGGCGGAGGCAGUGAAGUCACCCUCUGCAGCGCCAUAUGUUUGUGGAAGCAUCGCUGCAGUGAAUUAUUUUACAGAGCAAUCAGCAGAUGCUCUUGCAGGAAUUAUUUGUAGCUCUUUGUCUGCCUGCUGCAUGGAGUAAAUUUGGGCAAUCGCAGCAUUUCAUAAGUGUUCAAGCACAUUUGCCGUUUUGUGGUAAUGAGAAGCCUGUGCCACUGGGAUCCAAGGGCUUUAUGAGGACAUACGUGAGCACAAAGCCCAAAGAACGUACGUUAAUAGAAGCGGUGGUGCCAGCAAUUGUGAAUGGAGAUGCUAUCUGCUCUUGGUUUUGGCUGCAAGCAGCUCAUGCCUGUUUGGCCAACACCACGCAAGCAUAUGCAGAGGGGCUGCUGAGAAUUAAGGAGGAGAACCAGAAGCAUUACCGCAGGGCUCAGCGGCAUCAGGAGAAGAAGGAGAAGAUCCAGAGGCACAACCGCAAACUGGGGGACUUGGUUGAGAAGAAAACCUAUGACUUGAAAACCCAGCAUGAGCACCUGGCAAACCUCCGCCGGACGCACAUCCUGGAGCUAACGUCGGUCAUAUUUCCCAUUGAAGAAGUAAAGACAAGCAUGAGAGAUCCUGCAGAUGUGUCUUCUGAGAGCGAUAAUGCAAUGACCUCCAGCACUGUGAGCAAGCUUGCAGAAGCCAGGAGAACCACGUAUCUCUCUGGGAGGUGGGUGUGUGAUGACCACAACGGGGACACCAGCAUCAGCAUCACGGGGCCUUGGAUAACCCUUCCUAAUAAUGGAGACUACUCAGCAUAUUACAACUGGGUUGAAGAGAAGAAGACUACACAAGGACCAGAUAUGGAACAUAAUAACCCUGCUCACACCAUCAGUGCUGCAUUGUGCUAUGCAACUCAGCUCGUUAACACUUUGUCUCUCAUACUUGAUGUAAAUCUUCCCAAGAAGCUCUGCAACAGUGAGUUCUGCGGGGAGAAUCUCAGCAGGCACAGGUUCACGCGAGCAGUGAAGAAGCUGAAUGCCAAUAUCCUUCACCUCUGCUUCUCUCAGCAUGUCAAUUUAGAUCUGUUGCACCCAUUGCAUACGCUCAGGAACCUCAUGUACCUGGUCAGCCCAGACACUGAGAACUUGGGCAGGUCUGGCCCUUUUGAAAUCAGCGCUGACCUGGAGGACUCCAUGGAGUUUGUGGACCCCAGCGCCACCGGAGAGACAGACGAGAGCGGAGACGAGCGCGUCAGCGACGAAGAGACGGACCUGGGGACAGACUGGGAGAACCUGCCGAGCCCCAGGUUCUGCGACAUCCCUUCCCAGCAGGUGGAGAUGCUGCAGAGCCAGAGCACGCAGGUGUCACAGCCCAUUGCCAGCAGCAGUGCUGGCGGGAUGAUCUCCUCCGCUGCUGCCUCAGUGACCUCAUGGUUUAAGGCGUACACUGGCCAUCGCUAAUGAGCAUGGGCAAAAAGGGUGACAGGAUUUUGGAAGGAAUCCCUCCCCAGCAAUGCUGUAGUAAACCUUACAUAUUCAGUUAAAGUAGUGCCUGGAACAAAGAAAAGGUCAGACUUCAGUUUUGUAAACCAGAAGAACCUUUUUAUCGACCCGCGAUGACUGUGACGGUACCGUUCUGUAGAUGAGCUGUGUUAAUUCUGACAGGUUCUGUGACGGCACUUUGUGUCUUGGUUCAGUCUGCAUUGUUGGAUAUGAAAGGAGGAGGACCCGGCGGCCUCCAGCUCUGCUUCCUAAAGAAGAAACAGAUUGUGGAGUGUUUGGAUCCAAAGGAGCACAGAGGGAAGGCUGCUCAGUAUUCAGUCUGGACGGUGGUGCAAAUGCAAUUCACGUGUUCUUAACUCCUUACAGGGUUUACGUUUGUGCGUUUUAAAUCUGUCUUGCAUAAUGCAAAAAAUGCAUAUUUCUGAUGAUUCCUUUUUUUUUUUCAUUCAGGAUGUGACAGAUAUGCAUUUUUAACAUGUUUUCUAAUCUCUGUUGCCAUAUAUUUUUUUAAUACGGAGUAUCAGCAUGGACAGGAAUUCACACAGCAGGUUGCUCUUAGUUCAGGUUUGGAUCUUGACUCGGUUUUGCUGUAUGAAGCUGGUUUGCUCUGUGCUGUUUCCACCCAUCAGUCUGUUAAGUUCUGUGCUGUGCUCUCCAGGCACGAUGCUCUUUAUACUCUUGAUACCACACACCAAAGAAACACUGGAUCUUCUCUUAGCUAGACCCACAUCUGCCACCAUCGUUGCAAUAACACUCAUCAGUUACACCGUGUUGCCACUUAUAUUAGAAAAACCCUCAUUUCAAGCUAGCUUUGUGAAGUACUUUGUUCUGCACAGGACAUGCAUUUUAAACCCUAUUCUGUUUUAUGUUGCUGGUGGGUUUUUCUUUCUCUUUGCUGAUUGCCAAGGAGCUGAUUUCAUCUCACUGCAGUGCUGCUCCCAGGGCAGCAGGGCGUGCUCACAGAACCAUGGGAGGUGUGAUACUGACGGGGGUUUGCUAAGGACUGCUCCUCCACUUCCUCUGCCUUGCGGGAUGCAAAAAGAUGGUUUUGCUCAGUGAGGCUUCCAUUGUCUGCUUUGCAUUUUACACAGCUGGGAUGUUGCACGUCUCUGCGGGCAUUAGUGUGAAAUCAUCCUCCCAUCCCCCCCAGGUGGAAGAUUUCCGUCUUCCCUGUUGAAGCAGCUGAGAAUGCAAGUGAGACACACAGAGUAUCCUUAUGUGUGGUGGAAGGGCAGCAGCAGCACUGUGUCCAGUGGUACAUCCCAGCUCUGUCCUGCACAGAGUCUUUGGGAUGGGAAUCUGUUUGGGGUUUCUUUAAACCAAAGACCCUUAACUCUGCACUAACAGCCUGUGCACUGUUCUACAAGGACACCCAAUUUAGGUUCUCGUUACUGCAGUCUUGGCCCCACUGCCUACUGUCCCCUUAGAAGCUGUUGAUGUCUGAGCAGCCAGCACCCACCAAUGCCCUACACUGGGCUUUUAGCAUUGCACACCCCAUCUUGCUUCCCUAUUUAUUUUGCAUUGGACUCCACCUAUAGGUAUAUUUUUACUACACAUUUCAAUCAGUCUCUCAUUGCUGCCUUUGUGUAUGCAGAGCCCUAAGGGCCAGGCCAUGGUUCUGUUUGUAUGCUGUCAUUUAUGUAUUCUGAGGGGGAAAAGCCACCACCACAACACCUUUCUGAAGCCAUAUCUGUAUUUUAACCAUGGUGUUUUCCAAGUAAUUUAUUUGCAGCCAUGUCACAGAGUGCGCAGUGGCACUACGAGGGCGUGAGUGCAUCCAGACUGGUCCUUUUUGUAACAGAAUAGAGUGUUGUUUUUGAAGUGUUUUGCACGUGUGUAGCUAAGGGAGAGUUACAUGUGUCCAAACCUUGAGUGCAAUCAAUGGGAUUCGUUUUCUAGGUUGUUUGGGAGGGGUGGGGGGGAGGGAAGCACUGUCUGCUCAUUGCAGAGCAGUUGGUGCGGGGUGAGGGCAGCAGUUCCAGCUCAGGCCCAGCCCUGCAGCUGGGUUUGGCCAUUACAACUUCCCCACGAGAUGGAACUAAAUACGAUUAUUUUUUUUUCUUUUCUAAGUUUUAUUGUAUCAUUGCAAUAAAUCUUUAACAGUAAUUUUUUUUUUAA